AUGGACACUCCCACUGAUACUGUCAAAGAAGCUAAGAGACAUACGCACACCUACAGCUUUUUCCGAGAGCCUUUGACCGCAUUAGAGGGUUUGAGUUCGUUGAUGACUGCUUUUUGCUUGAAGAGUUUCACAGAUAAUUAUGGGAACAUUUUGACUUUGUUGGAAACCGUGGUUGACACUCCUGCUUUGCAAACUUUGGUACAAUUCUAUGAUCCUGAAAUGAGGUGUUUCACGUUCCAGGAUUACCAGUUGGCUCCGACAUUGGAAGAGUACUCCAUUAUUCUUAAUCUCAAGAUAAAAGACGAAGUGCCAUUCAUCGAUAUUCCUAAGGAAGUGAACAUCAAGUCAAUCUCUGCUGCUCUUUAUUUGAGCAUAAAAGAAGUAUCCAAUAAUUGGAAGUCGAAUGGAGUUUCGGGGUUCCCUUUGAAGUUCUUAGUAAGAAAAGCUAAAGAGGAAUUUGGGAAAGAGAAUUGGAACGCGUACAAUGCAUUUCUCGCUGUGGCCAUUUACGGGAUUGUGAUGUUCCCGAAUGUUCCCAAUUUUGUGGAUUCGACCGCGGUACACCUUUUCAUGGGAAAGAACCCCGUUCCUACAUUGUUGGCUGAUACUUAUUAUGCCAUUCAUUCCCAAUAUGAGAAAGGUGGUGGUGCUAUCAAUUGUUUCCUUCAGUUGUUGUUCACCUGGUUCUUCUCUUUGCUACCCAGCAAAGGACCUUUUGUGAAAACAAGAGAGACACUCAAGGGUUGCAUCAAUUACAAUCCCGUGGUAUCCUUGCGUCAGUUGGGGUACACCUUGAAGGACAAGCCGGCAUAUCAUUUGGUAGCAGAGACGGUUUAUUUUGAGAAGGGGUCGGAUCCGGAAAAAUUGAGAAGGAUAGUUGUGGCUUGGAAAAAGGUCCGUAAGCAUUAUGGAGUUCAUUUAGGGAAGAAAGACGCGCUUGCUCUGACGCCGUAUGUCGAGUGGAUUGAGAAGCGGGUCGGAAACUUGUUGUUGCCAUAUGACAAAGUUCCGCCACUUCAAAAGCAACCUCCUUUGAUCCUAUCCGAUUUUGUGCCGAUAGAACUUUACAAGAAUGCUUUGGUUGCCAACUACAGGUUGCACGAAAGAGAACAAGAGACUCUUUAA